CAACACACACACACACGCGCGCGCAUUUGGAGACCCAAGCACGGCAUUCACACUGCACAUCGGGAUCCACCAAAACGCGGACAGACGACGGCUCCUUUAAGAAAAACUAAGUCAGAAAAUAUCACCCCUCCUUCUUCAGAUCUCCACUUGGAUGGUAUUGCAUCAAAUAAAACCUUUACUGGAGUUGCAAGUGAUCGAGGCGACGAUAGGGACUGUUUUUGAACAUCUCCACAUGAAUAUCUGAAGCAUUCCAAGUGAGGGAAGAGCGCGACGAGUCAUCAUUAAUUAAGCAACUUGACAACCUCGAUAUUGAUUGACAGCUUGCUUGUUGAGCGAGACUAGAGUCUCACUGUUUUUUUUUUCUGUAAGGGGCAUUUUACACCAGUCGCAAGCGUGAAGUCGUAGCCUAGUGUCGCUUGUUUAUGAACGGUCUCCAGGAGAAAGCGAAGGAGCUCUAUACUGGAUUGUGGUGUUUUUGUCAAUUGCUGGAUUUAUGCUGACGAUCUGGCAACCAUCCUCUCUGGAGAGACGAGCACAGUAUUCUUAAUCUUGCAUUUGGAGUUAGGUGUUUAUUUUCCCUCAGCCCUGGCCUCGUAGAAGACGUGUAGAGUCCGAUUGGAAUCGGCUAGAGUGACAGGCCGAUGGCGCAACGGUAUGAAGACCUUCCCCACUAUGGAAUGGACGGAGUAGGGCUGCCCUCGACUAUGUACGGGGACCCUCAUGCAGCGCGCUCCAUGCAGGCGGUUCACCUGAACCACGGGCCCCAGUUCCACUCGCACCAGUACCCGCACUCAACACACGCCAGUGCCAUACCGCCCAGUAUGGGCUCCGUCAACGACGCUAUAAAAAGAGACAAAGAUGCCAUUUAUGGGCACCCCCUUUUCCCACUUCUAGCACUGAUUUUUGAAAAAUGUGAAUUAGCAACUUGCACACCAAGAGAAACUGGGGUCGCUGGAGGCGACGUGUGUUCCUCCGAGUCUUUCAAUGAGGAUAUAGCAGUAUUUUCAAAACAGAUUCGAUCAGAGAAGCCCAUAUUUUCAUCAAAUCCGGAAAUUGAUAAUUUGAUGAUACAAGCAAUUCAAGUAUUACGGUUUCAUCUGCUCGAGCUGGAGAAGGUACACGAGCUAUGCGAUAAUUUCUGUCAUCGAUACAUCAGCUGCUUGAAAGGAAAAAUGCCCAUUGAUUUGGUCAUAGACGACAGGGACGGUGGAAAUAAAUCUGACAGUGAAGAUUUUACAAGAUCGUCUGGGCCUCUUGAUCAGGUAAGCUCUUGCCUAUCACAUGCUCACGUUGACACAGGGUAGCUCGGCCAGGGGACGCCUGGGCCCUCCAGUGGGGGACACACACAGCACAGUGGGGACAACAACAGUGAAGAAGGUGACUGCAUGGACAACGGGGUGGCCUCUCCCAGCACUGGGGACGACGACGCACCCUGACAAGGAAAAGAGGAUCGUCACAACAAGAAGCGAGGUAUCUUUUCCUAAAGUGGCUACCAACAUCAUGAGGCGUGGCUCUUCCAGCACUUGACGCAUCCUUACCCUUCGGAAGAGCAGAAGAAACAACUGGCCCAGGACACAGGGUUAACGAUCCUACAAGUCAACAAUUGGUUCAUCAACGCGAGACGAAGAAUAGUACAGCCCAUGAUCGACCAGUCCAAUAGAGCAGUGACUGGAGGAGGGCCCUACACCCCAGAUGGUCAACCAAUGGGAGGGUUCGUCAUGGACGGCCAGACACACAUGGGAAUCAGACCACCUGGGCCCAUGGGUGGGAUGGGCAUGGGUAUGGGCGUGGAGGGACAGUGGCACUACAUGUGACCCCUCGCUAACGGACCCAGCACAGAGCCCAAGGGGACGCACUCAGAACUGCCAGGUAUUCCCGAGGAUGGCGUGUCCCAUGGCUGUCCAAUCAGCACGGAUAUGGGCAUCGCUCUGACUGCCACUGGUGUCCCUACCAUCACCUCUACCCUCCCACCAACCAGCCCCGCCGCUGGGGCAUGAUCUCUCGCUGCUGCCCCUCCAUCCGUGACUCUUCCGUGACCCAGCGAUAUCGAUUGCGCGGGUGCCCAGCCUGAACUCACCACCAUCGCCUGAUUGUUUGUCAGUGGAGCUGGUGCCCCCCCUUCUCCAACUCCCCCCAUUUCUUCAAGUGGUUCAGUCUGAGUAGCCACUGUUGCUGAACCACCACCCUGACUAUGAGAGGCCUUGAAAACCCCAUCAUGCCUUGUAAGGACUUCUGACGUUGUAAGGACUUCCCUUCUGGAGACUACAAUUACUGGAGCUCUCCAGUGGAUACUUCGAUACUCUGUUAAUUCAACCAAUACAAACAAACAAUUCGUCCUUAACUUUCCCCCUCUCUGCUGCAUGGCAUGGACAGUUAUAGAGGGUGGAGACACUCUUGUCUUGGCAGUGGACUUAUACCAAGAGAAGAAGCCGAUGUCUGUAUUUCUUGGGGGGUCGUUUUUAAAACAACGGACACCCUGGAAACCAUUUUUUUUUUUUUAUAAUGAAAUUGUUGUAAUUCUGGAAAAUGACAAUAAGGUGAGGCAAUAGUGUGCUGUUUACUGUUUUACCACAAACUCUACGGACGAGUAACGAUAACUAUUGCAAGUGCUCUGGUAUUGCUUUGCCGUACUAUGCUGUUUUUCAAAAAGGACUUGACUUGUUUAAUUCACACUAUGUGUGUGUCUUUUUUCAUAGACUUUUAUCUCCUAUCCCCACGAAUCUGCGUUUGAAAAUAAAAAGAAAUAACAGGA